CUCGAUUCGAUACCCGACCGAAUUGAGUUGAGCGUGUAUAUUGUACGCAUUGCGAUAUAAGCACCUUUUCUGCACUGCUAGCUAAGCCUGUUACUUUGACAAUCGCUAUAGAGGUUAAUCACAAAAGCACAAUGACUUCCGCGCCCACAAUACAGCCCAAGUUCCUGCCAAACAGGCAUGACCUAGGCAUCGUCGCAGUCGGCUUCAGCGGCGGCCAGCCCAAAGCCGGCGUGGACGCCGCCCCCAUGGCCCUCAUUGAAAACGGCCUCAUCAAGCAACUGGAAGAAGACCUGGAAUUCAAAGUCACCUACGACGGCCAAGUGCACAACUACACGGAGCUGCAACCCUCAGACGACCCAGACUACCGCGGUAUGAAGCGACCAAAGUUCGCCUCGGCAGUCACAAAGCAAGUCAGCGAUCAAGUCUACGCUCACGCCUCGUCGGGAAAAUUGGUGCUGACGCUCGGUGGUGACCACUCGAUUGCCAUUGGCACCGUUUCUGGUACCGCCAAGGCUGUGAGGGAGAGACUGGGCAAGGAUAUUGCGGUUAUUUGGGUCGACGCACAUGCCGAUAUUAACACGCCUGAGACGAGCGAUUCAGGCAACAUUCAUGGUAUGCCCGUGUCGUUCUUGACGGGACUGGCGACGGAGGAGCGGGAAGAUGUGUUUGGCUGGAUUAAGGAGGAGCACAGGCUGAGCACGAAGAAACUGGUUUACAUUGGUCUUCGGGAUAUUGAUCGGGGAGAGAAGAAGAUUCUGAGGGACCAUGGCAUCAAGGCCUUUUCCAUGCACGACAUCGAUAGGCACGGUAUCGGCAAAGUCAUGGAUAUGGCGUUGGGUUGGAUUGGUAGCGACACGCCCAUUCAUCUCUCGUUUGACGUCGACGCUCUCGACCCCAUGUGGGCGCCUAGCACCGGUACUCCUGUCCGCGGCGGUCUGACUCUCCGCGAGGGUGACUUCAUCGCCGAGUGUGUUGCCGAGACUGGUCAGCUCAUCGCGUUGGAUCUCGUCGAGGUCAACCCCAGUCUUGACGCUGAGGGUGCUGGAGACACGGUCCGCGCGGGUGUUUCGAUUGUUCGUUGCGCGCUUGGUGAUACGCUUUUGUAAGCUUGUUUCGAUUUGUGGAGUUCUUUAGGCCUUUGAUUGGGGGAUAGACAUAGAUGGUACUCGUAGAUGAUUAAUUACGCAAGUUCACAUCGCAUUCGCAUUAGCCGUCGGUAGGUAGACGUAGACGCUGGCAUGGCAACUACUAAGAUAUCCACGAGAGCAUUUGUGGAUCUGAUAGACGUGC